CUUACCGCUAUCCUCUAUCGUCACAGGCGCCAAGGCCAACAACCACCAAACGCUUUCCCCGAUCAGGAACCAAAGAAUUUACGAUACAGUCUUUGGUACCGCUGCGGAGAACUUGAACCUGCGGGCGAUUGACAUACAAUCUCAGUCCUCCCCCCUCCUCCUACACCUCUUCCGGUCCGUUUCCUCAGGCAUGACAAUGAGUCAACCUUUGAGGCGAGGUGUACGGGCUGUGUCCUGGACCCGAGUCCUCCCUCCGCGGGCGCGACAAGGGCAGGCAAGAUGCCUUCAGAUUCGCGCCGCGGCCGCGGAACAACCAUCUUCGGCCAACGGAAACAACCUGCCUGUGGUCGGCACUCCUAGUUCAGCUGAGUCUGCCGAUGCGCGAUUCGACGUUAUCGGCGCUCCAUACUCCUUAUUGUCCGUCUCUCUAUCCGCUUCGCAGAAUCUCUUCACCCGACGAGGAACAUUGGUAGGACUGAGCGGGAAAGCCGAUAAUGUGGUUUCUACGUUGAGCGUUCUCGAGCCGUUCCGGAGAGCGGUUGUCGGUGUACCAUUUCUCUACCAGAAGGUCUCGUCGGCUAGCCCGGUAACUGCCUUGGUUUCUGUUCGAUCGCCUACCACGUCCUUCGCUGUUGUACACCUGGAUGGGUCUGUGGAUUGGAUGGUGGCACAGAGACGUGCGUUGCUUGCCUGGACGGGCCGUUCUCUUUCUAUCAAACCGACUAUCAAUACAAGCCUGAGCGUGUCACACUGGGGUAGCUCCGAAGUGACUGGCAGAGGAUUGCUAGCAUUAGUCGGUACGGGUCAGUUAUACCAGGUCGAGGUAAAGGCCGGAGAGCAAUACAUCGUCCACCCAAGCAAUGUUGUGGCGUACACAAUGACAAACAACCCCCCUCGUCCUUACCGCUUCAAAUCCACAACCUUGAAAUUUCAGGUACCGGGUCUCAAGGGCUUGCCGAGCUUUAUCCAGGAUUCGAAAUUCAUUCGGGAUAUGUCGGGUUCCGAUACCUGGAAAACCGCGAUGAAUAUCUUCCAUAAAAUUCGUACUUGGUCUCGGAUGACCAUCUGGGGAGACAGGCUCUUUCUGCAAUUCGAUGGCCCCGCGACUAUUCUCUUACAAACGCGUGGUCCCCGUAUCAAUGAAGUCCUCACCUCGCACGAAGUCAAUGAGAUUGCAAGCGCUCCGAGAGGACUAACCAUUGGACCUGCAAAGCCCGCAGAGGAAAAGAAGCCGUCUGCCGACGAAGAGUAUCGGAAGGCGGCCGAGGAGGCUGUCAAUGCUGCCCCAGCACCCACAAGGACCGUUGAACAAUUAGAACAGGAGGUCAGAGGGUCAGCUCAAAGCAUUGCCACUCUUACGAAGGAAGGCAAGGUGAUCUUUGAGAAACCUGGCCAACAAAACUAAGUGUAACGUUUGACAUCGACUGUCCCAGUUGGGGCAUGAUAAGGCGCUCAUUCUAAAAUGUCUUAUUGCAGGCUGAAUGUAUUAUAGAUAGCAUACUCCGCGUUUCAACAUGAGCUUUUUUUUUUUUUUUUCC